GCGGCGAAGGCAAGCUCCUUCCUCUCAUGGCCCGCUGACGAUGCUGCUCACGCGUCUGCGGAACAAGCUGCGGCGGCGGCCCGCGGCUCCUCCGGAUCCAUUUGGUCAGAGCUGGAACGAGGAGGCGCACGCCCAGGUGAUGCUCCAGCGGCAGCGGACCGGCGACGAGGUGCUCUACCGCUACAGGACGAGCCGGAUGAGCCUGCAGUCGGAUGUAUCGCUGCGGGCACAGACCACCUCUGGCGAUGGCGUCUCGCUCCGCACCCAGCUCACCGGCGAGAGGAAGGCAGUGGCCGACGAGGUCCCGCAGAAGCUGGCUCCAAUCGAGUCUGCGAUGUGCAUGCCCGCCGACGCCUCCAGCCCAAGCAACGGCAGCGACGCCUGCGACCUCAACGGUAGCGACGCCUGCGACCUCGCAGCGGACGACGACACGUCGGAGCGCACGAGUGCGAUCCUUGGGUCCGCCAAGCAGCGGAGCAUGAGCGCCACCGAUUCGGUUGACGAGCUGGACUUCACAAUGUCCACCAUGUAUGAUGAGGCGCUCGCCGAGUCCGACGUGGAGGAGGUGGAGCCCCCGACCGUGUGGGGCCCGCUCGCGCGGCGGGCGCUGUCGAGCUUCACUGGCAGUCUCUCCCUCCCGCAGUGCCUUGGUCCGGCGGCCGGCACGAGCGCGACGGCCGCGGCAGAGCCGACGCCGCAGAGCGGCACCCCUCCCGGCCUGCGCGCCGCCGCCGCCGCCUGAAGCGGCCGGGCGCGCAUGUUGCGCGAUUGAGCGGCAGGGAGGGUGCACAAAGCGCAACAGGUGCAUCCCCUGCCCCUGCCCUCUCUCGACCGGGACAGGCCGCCGGCCCGCCGCUGCGCCGUGCUGUGCUCGGUGUCGAUCGGUGUGGCGCGGGUCGGCUCACAGCUUGCCUGCUGGCUUCUCCCUCGCGAGUAUUCGUGGGAUGAAUUCGUGAGACACACGUGUGAGUCCACGCUGGGUGUAUAGCAAUGUUUUGAUUUGAGGGCUGGGCGCUAGAGUAUA